AUGAGUAUCAAGCUGGACCCGGAUCAGUUGUCCCGGGGACGGGCUUUUGCCAAUAGCUGGGAGCUUGCUAGGCUGCUACAAGUCAUCGCAAAAAGCCCCCGUAGCUUGGAAACUGGAAUCGUCGAUAUCGAGGUACGGCCUGUGCCAGAGGCUAUCAGAUCCAAGGAGAAGGCUACGGAGGACUUGGGAAAUAUGAAAUGUCUCCCGAACGAAGUCGUGGACCUAAUUGUCAACAAAUUGGACAUGCCAAGUGCUAUAAGUCUGUCAUACGUCAACCGCAUCGCCAAUCACUUUGUGCAGCAAAGUCCGGUUUCAUAUCUGAGGCAGUGGGCCCCCGGUAUGCCGAAGAUUCUCAAAAAGACUCAAAUCCACAAGAACUGGUCCAUUCAUGAGCUCAAAGAGGCGAUUAUCCGUGAGAGGUGCGUGGUAUGCGGCGAUGCGUCUGUUCAACUCUAUCUUCCGACGAUGGAGCGUAUCUGCCAUCCAUGCGUGCACGAAAACCAUGCAUACUGGUGUCUCCCCGUGGAAAAGGCAGCCAUAAUCUUCGGCCUUGACCUACCCGAUCUCAUUAAUACCCAAACCAUGUACCUGCCGAGGCUGAACAAGAAUGGCUUUGAUUUGGGGGAUCUUGGCGCCUGGGUUAUUCCUGUCAAAGUAGCGCUGACCAAAGCCCUGGAGUUGUAUGGCACCCGCAGGGGUAUUAAGCGCGCUGUGGAGGGUACUCCGUCAAGUCCUGACACAGACGAAGAACAGGGUACCCCCGAUGACGAAGAAUUUGUGGUCCAAAACCAGCAUGACAUUUUUCGCGCCGCUUCCCUGAAUUCCCCGAACCCUGUCAAGCUUCGUUUGCUCAUCUCGAGGGGAAAUUAUCAUCAACAUGCUCACCACCAUGAAGUUGCCUGUCGGGUGCCUGUCGUCAAUCGAGACAAUACGCGCAGAGUUCUUUACUCGUGUCGUGGUUGCACUGCUAUGCUCACGCACCCCAAGAUGGAAUCAAUUUCCGACAACUACAUGCAGAUGAUGGGGCUUGACCCUGCCCUCGACAAGUAUCAGCGAUCGUUUGCAAUUUUCCGUCGCGCCUUUCGUGUGUGGACUACGGACGAGAUAACUGAGCAUAUUCGAACCGACUGCAUUGGGGCUUGGUUCCUGCUGGAUGCUGAGGAUCGGAAUGAGAUUUCAUAA